GGCUCUCAUCUGCUGUCAGUUGACGAACAUUUCAUUUUAAGAUGUAGAUAUUUGUUUGUUUUAAUAUUAAACGAAUAAUGUCUUCGAAAGGGACUUCGCGAGGUUUUUAUUUUAAUACUGUUCUGUCUCUCGCGCGCUCUCUGGCUGCUCAUCGACCCGCUCCGAUUGACAAGGUCCAGAAGCUACAAUGCAUGUGUCCUGUGGACAUCCGUGGUGUUUUCCAGCUGGAUGAGCGGAGGAGAGAUGCUGUGAUCGCCCUCGGCAUCUUCCUGGUGGAGUCUGAGCUGCAGCAUAAGGACACAAUUGUCCCGUACUUGUUGGUUUUGCUGAAGGGAUUACCCAGGGUGCAAUGGAUCGAGGAGAGCUCAGAGAGGAAAGGACGAGAAACGCUUCCCAUUGCGGAGAAUUUCUCCUUCUGCUUGGUGACGAUGCUCUCAGACGUUGCUCAAAUGGACAAGUCCAUGCGAAUCCAGAUUUUGGAGGCUGUGAUGAACCUCAUGCAGGUGCUUCAGGAAAUGUGUCAGAACAUCGAAGGCCAAGAUAAAGAAUACCUGUGUAAAUACACUGUGCCCUGUCUGCUCGGCUUGGUGCGAGCGUUUGGCCGCUACAGCAACACAGAGGAGCCGCUGCUGUCUAAACUCUUCCCUCGGGUCAGUCCUCAGCCCUUGGGCACAGGAGACGGGGAGGAAGUGACCCGACGACGAUCCUUUAACGAUUUCCGCUCCAUUCUACCCAGCUCGCUCCUCACCGUCUGCCAGAGCGACACUUUACGCCUUAAAACCAGCAGCAUUUCCAGCAUCUCGCAACAGGCCAGUCCAGAACGUGCUGGACUUCCUCCGAGUUCUCCUUCUGACCCUUCUGCUCCUUAUUUUGAAGCUGGCUCGUAUCUGCCGGAUGGCAGCGCUGUGGACCCCGACUACUACUUCUCCACCAUAAGCUCCAGUUUCUCCGUCUCACCGCUCUUCACGGGCAGCAACAGUAAAGGGUUUGAUGUACCGCUGGAUUUACUGACACAGCUUCUGCAAAUGGUCGAGCAGUUUGUGUCAGAAUCCUUUAUGAAGGCACUGGAUCAGACUAUGGUUGAAGUCCUGGAGGCCAAUGCUUCAGCGAAUCUGUGCUACAAGACAUUCAGUGAUCCGCUGUAUGUGGCCAUCUUUAAAAUGCUGAGGGACACUUUAUACUACAUGAAAGACCUGCAGGUGUCGUUCGUGAAGGAGGUCCAUGAUUUUGUUCUGGAGCAGUUCAGCAGCAGUCAGUCUGAGCUGCAGAGGAUCCUGCAUGACGUGGAGUAUCUGCACAGCGAGCUGAACCCGCUCAAACUGCGCUGCCAGGCCAACGCUGCCUGCGUGGACCUCAUGGUGUGGGCCGUCACGGAGGAGCAGGGUGCGGAAAACCUCUGCACAAAACUGUCCGAGAAGCUGCAGUCCAAGACGUCCAGUAAGGUCAUCAUUGCUCACAUGCCUCUGCUCAUCUGCUGCUUACAGGGUCUUGGACGGCUGUGUGAGCGUUUCCCUGUGGUGGCUCAUUCAGUCACCAUGUCUCUAAGAGAUUUCCUAGUGGUCCCUUCACCUGUACUAGUGAAGCUCUACAAGUACCACAGUCAAUACAACACAGGAACAGGAGAGAUCAAGAUCAAUGUGACCAAUGAACAUUCCCAGUCCACCUUCAGUUCUCACUCCAGUAAGAAGAGCCAGCCGUCCAUGUAUGAGCAGCUCCGAGACAUUUCCAUCGACAAUAUAUGCAGGUGUUUAAAAGCAGGGUUGUGCAUGGACUCAGUCAUCGUUGAGGCUUUCCUCGCCAGUCUUUCCAACCGUCUUUACAUCUCGCAGGAAAAUGACAAGGACGCCCACCUCAUCCCCGAUCACACCAUACAAGCAUUAGGGCACAUCGCCGUGGCUCUGAGAGACACUCCCCGCGUGAUGGAGCCCAUCCUACAGAUCCUGCAGCAGAAGUUCUGCCAGCCGCCGUCCCGGCUCGACGUCCUCAUCAUAGAUCAGCUGGGCUGUAUGGUCAUCACAGGAAACCAAUACAUUUAUCAGGAAGUUUGGAACUUGUUCCAGCAGAUUAGUGUGAAGGCCAGCUCGAUGGUAUACUCCACCAAAGACUACAAGGAUCAUGGAUACAGAAAUCUGACCAAACGUUUGCCGCCCAUAAAAGAGGCCAAACCGAGACUGCAGAAGCUGUUUAGAGAUUUCUGGCUGUAUUCGGUUGUGAUGGGCUUCGCUGUCGAGGGCUCAGGUUUGUGGCCGGAGGAGUGGUAUGAGGGAGUGUGUGAGAUCGCAACCAAAUCCCCCCUGCUGACGUUCCCAAGCGGAGAACCGCUGCGCUCAGAACUGCAGUAUAACUCUGCCCUGAAGAAUGACACGGUCACUCCGGCCGAGCUGAAUGAUUUGAGAGGCACCAUCAUUAACCUGCUGGAUCCUCCGCCGGAAGUCGCUGCGCUCAUCAAUAAACUGGACUUCGCCAUGUCCACCUACCUGCUGUCUGUCUACCGUCUGGAGUACAUGAGGGUGUUACGCUCACUGGAUUCUGAUCGUUUCCAAGUCAUGUUUCGAUACUUUGAGGACCGAGCGAUCCAGAAGGAUAAAUCAGGAAUGAUGCAGUGUGUCAUUGCGGUGGGGGACAAGGUCUUUGAUGUCUUUCUUCAGAUGAUGGCUGACAAGGAAAAGACCAAAGCCCAUGAGGAGGAGUUAGAAAAUCAUGCUCAGUUCCUGUUGGUCAACUUCAACCACAUUCACAAGAGAAUCCGAAGAGUGGCUGACAAAUAUCUGUCAGGACUCGCUGAGACUUUUCCGCACUUGUUGUGGAGCGGUCGUGUCCUGAAGACCAUGCUGGAUAUAUUACAGACCCUGUCUCUUUCACUCAGCGCUAGCAUAGUGAAAGACUUUGCUGCCCGCUGUGGAGAAAUCCUAAAAGAGGCCAUGAAAUGGGCGCCAUCGGUCACCAAAUCUCACCUACAGGAGUACCUGAAUAAGCAUCAGAACUGGGUGUCGGGUCUGUCUCAGCACACGGGUCUGGCGAUGGCCACUGAGAGCAUCCUGCACUUUGCUGGAUACAACCGUCAGAGCACCAGUCUGGGUACCACUCAGCUCACAGAGAGACCAACAUGCGUGAAGAAAGACUACUCCAACUUCAUGGCCUCCCUCAACCUGAGAAACCGCUAUGCUGGAGAGGUGGCAGGGAUGAUCCAUUUCUCUGCGGCCACACGGAGCACGUCGGAUCUGAAUAAACUGAUGAUUCGUCAGAUGAAUGAAGCUCUGGACGGAGGCCAGCCGGAAGCCUUCACUGAAGCCAUGUUCAAAAUGGCUGCGCUGUUGAUCAGCUCAAAAGAAUGGGAUCCUCAGCUGCUGCAUCAACUGUGCUGGUCUCCAUUAAAGAUGUUCACUGAGAAUGGCAUGGAAACAGCUAUUGCCUGCUGGGAAUGGCUCCUGGCUGCAAGGACAGGCGUUGAAGUCCCGUUCAUGCGGGAGAUGGCAGGUGCGUGGCAGAUGACCGUCGAGCUGAAGAUGGGGCUGUUCUCCGACACCCAGGUGGAGGCGGAUCCCCUGGCGGCCUCAGAGGAAAGCCAGCCCGUCCCCUGCCCACCCGACGUCACGCCCCACUACACCUGGAUUGAGUUUCUAGUCCAGCGUUUUGAGAUCGCCAAGUACAGCAGUGCUGAUCAGGUGGAGAUUUUCGGCACUCUUCUGCAAAGGUCUCUAUCUCUCAAUGUUGGCGGCCCAAAAAGCAGCCUGAACCGCCAUGUGGCGGCCAUUGGACCACGCUUCAGGUUGUUGACACUCGGACUUGCCCUCCUGCAUUCUGACGUAGUGACCAACGCCACCAUCCGUAACGUCCUGCGGGAAAAGAUUUACUCCACCGCCUUCGAUUAUUUCAGCGUCACUUCAAAGUUCCCCACUCAGGGAGACAAGCGUCUGCGCGAGGACAUCAGCAUCAUGAUCCGCUUCUAUGCCAGCAUCCUCUCCGAUAAGAAGUACCUAGCUGCUAGUCAGCUCGUGCCACCUGACAACCAGGAUCCGUCCCUGAACAGUUUGUCGGUGAUAAACGCCACCGACCCGAGGAACAACAUGGACAUGACCAUGGGUUCCCGUCAGCAGAGCGCUCAGGGCUGGAUUAACACCUACCCCCUGUCCAGCGGGAUGUCCACCACCUCCAAGAAAUCAGGCAUGUCCAAAAAGAGCAACCGAGGCACCCAGUUGCACAAGUACUACAUGAAGCGCAGGACGUUACUGUUGGCCUUACUGGCCAGUGAGAUCGAGCGACUGACCACUUGGUACAACCCGCUAUCAACGCAGGAGCUGGCCAUCGCCACAGAGCAGUCGGUAGAGACCAGCAUCUCUAACUGGAGAUCCAAAUACAUCAACCUGAGUGAGAAACAGUGGAAGGACAACGUCAACUUGGCCUGGAGUAUCGCUCCGUAUCUGGCCAUGCAGCUUCCAGCUAGGUUCAAAAAUGCAGACGCCAUCGUGGCUGAAGUGACCCGUCUGGUUCGACUGGAUCCUGGCGCUGUCAGCGAUGUGCCGGAGGCAGUCAAGUUCCUGGUGACGUGGCACACCAUUGAUGCUGAUUCUCCAGAGCUGAGCCACAUCCUGUGCUGGGCUCCUGCAGAUCCUCCCACCGGCCUCUCGUACUUCUCCAGCAUGUACCCUCCUCAUCCGCUCACCGCUCAGUAUGGAGUCAAAGUCCUGCGCUCCUUCCCUCCUGACGCCAUUUUGUUUUACAUUCCUCAAAUCGUUCAAGCGCUGCGGUUUGACAAGAUGGGUUACGUGCGCGAGUACAUCCUGUGGGCGGCACAGAAGUCCCAGCUCCUCGCUCAUCAGUUCAUAUGGAACAUGAAGACCAACAUCUAUCUGGAUGAGGAGGGCCAACAGAAAGAUCCGGACAUCGGUGAGCUUCUGGAGCAGAUGGUGGAGGAGAUCACACACUCUCUCUCAGGCCCCGCUAAAGACUUCUACCAGCGCGAGUUUGACUUCUUCAACAAGAUCACCAACGUCUCCGCCAUUAUCAAGCCUGUUCCUAAAGGAGAUGAGAGGAAGAGAGCGUGUCUGAAGGCGCUGUCAGAAAUCAAAGUUCAGCCAGUAAUUUUGUUUCUCUGGUAUCAGGACAUGCUUGCCCUUCAGAUCAUCGGUCUCUUCAAGAACAUCUUCCAGCUGGUGGGUUUGGACCUGUUCGUGUUCCCGUACCGGGUGGUGGCCACCGCUCCUGGAUGUGGCGUGAUUGAAUGUAUUCCGGACUGUAAGUCCCGCGAUCAGCUCGGUCGGCAGACUGACUUUGGCAUGUACGACUACUUCAGGAACCAGUACGGGGACGAGUCCACACUGGCCUUCCAGAAGGCUCGGUAUAACUUCAUCCGCAGUAUGGCCGCAUACAGUCUGCUGCUCUUCCUGUUACAAAUCAAAGACCGACACAAUGGUAACAUCAUGCUGGACAGCAAAGGCCAUCUCAUCCACAUCG